UUAUUACAGAAAAAAAAAACAUAUGCAAAAUAAAAGAAGAAAAAAAAAACAGAUCAUGGCCAUGGGUGGAAGUAGUAGUGUACCAAGUAUGUAUCUAUGUUAUAUAGUAUCGUGUAUGUAUACAGUAAUAUGUAUAUAUAUACUCUGCUACACUACAUUACUAUGUAACUGUUACUAUUAACUUCCCCACUCACUCUUCUAAUUCUAUAUCUCAUCCGCUUAUUUUGGCGGCACCAAAACCGCUACUUUCCUCCUCUCACUCCCCAGAUUAUACUCCCUCUUUCACUCUCUCUCUCUCAAUUGUGCUAAAUCUUAGUCUUGAGGAGUUGGUGGAUGGAAUCAAAGCAAUACCCAGAUGGUGUUUUGUAGAGAUUUUGGCUUUAUAAUUCUCUCAUUAUAGAUGAAAAUAGAGAUUGAGGAGGAGAAGCAACAAGAAUGGGAGACUCUGCUACUGCUGAUGAAACUUCAUUGUGUUUUUCUAGCCUUUUGUGCCAAGAAGAUGAGUCAUGUUUAAACGAGGAAAGUUUCGAUACUUGUAUAGAUAUUAUGUCAUAUUGUUUUGUUGCUGAAGAUGAGGAUGAGUAUAUUGAAAACUUGUUCAAGAGAGAAAUAACUGCUACUUGUUUUGGAUCCAAAGGCAUCGCAACUUCUGAUGAUUGUUCCACUGUUUGUCAAACCUGGUUGAAAUCUGCUCGUUUGGAUGCUGUUGAAUGGAUUUUCAAUACUCGAGCAGUUUUUGGGUUUCAUUACAGAACAGCUUAUCUCUCAGUCACUUAUUUUGAUCGGUUUAUUUCCAGGAGAUACAUUGAUAAUGGGAAGAUGUGGGCUAUUCGAUUAUUAUCAGUAGCUUGUUUAUCAUUGGCGGCUAAGAUGGAGGAAUGUAAUGUCCCAAUACUUUCAGAAUUCCCAACUACAGAUUAUGACUUUAAAAGUGAUAUGAUUCAGAGAAUGGAGCUAAUGGUUUUAAGUACCUUGGAAUGGAAAUUGGGAUCAAUAACUCCAUUUACUUAUCUAAAUUACUUCAUCAAUAAGUUCUGUGGUGAUUCUAGACCAAAAGGACUAGUCUCUAGUGCUGUUCAACUGAUUGUGGCUGUGGCAAAAGAGGCUAAUUUGAUGGACACUCGGCCGUCUAUUAUUGCUGCUGCCGCGGUAUUAGCUGCUCUUGAUUGCCAAUUAACAAGAAAGAUAAUGGAGCUUAAGAUGAAUGUGGUCUCAUUCUGGCGAUCAGAUGACAAGGAACUUUUGUAUUCAACUUAUAAUCUAAUGCAAGAUAUAGAAAAAGGAACAAUAAGGACACCAGAGUUAUCAAUCCAUUCAAGCUCUCAUUACCUUAAUGAGAAUGCAUCAUUCAACUCUGGGGUUGGAACUAAAAGAAGGCUUACAUUCAAUGAGUCUGAUCACAGUAGUCCAAUAAAGAAAGGUCACAGGACAUAGGAAAAUUUGUUCUUCUUCUUCUGCACCAGAGAUAUAUUUGAGUUCCCUUUAUUAGACUACAGGUUUUUCUUUCUUUCUUUCCUUUUUUUUCCACCUUUUGAAAUUGAUUUUUUUCUUUAUUUUUAUAUUAGAUGGAGUUAUUAUAGGUUUAAUCAGGGGUUUAAAAACCAUAUGACAUGGUAUUAUUUGCAAUUUGAUGAUUGAGGUUACAAUUUCCAAUACCAAAAAACAAAAGUUUUUCAGCCAGUGAGUGAUGAGAAAAGAAGAUAGAGAAAAGGGAAAGUAUGUAAAUAAAAGAAGAUAACUUUAGCCUACAGUAAGAAACAAGUAAGAAGCUGACUGAAGUUCAAAAGAGGCCAUUAAGGGAGUGAAGAAGGUCAAUAGUGAAUCAGAAAAGCCAUGGAAGACUGCUUGUCUAUAUUGAGUGUUUAGCAUAGCACUAGCUUUCAUAAUGCUACUAUUGCUUACCAGCCACUUUUUUUUUUCCUUUCUUUUUUGAUUUAUUUGUUUCAUCUUCAUUUAAGAAGAAAAAAAAGAACAUUUUAUUAAUGUUAUACAUCACUAGCAAACCCCUACCUUUUGAUGUGGGGGGGACUUGGGAUGCUUCCUAUGUCUUUCAAAAGGCUGAAAGCCAUGAGGAAUGAGGAAUUGUUUUAGUUUGAUUUGAUGUAUCUGUGUUAAAUAUUGGGCCAUUGAAUGAAAAGUAUAUAAAGUUGAACA